CACUUGCAGAAAGAUGGCUUCGUCCAUGAGUGGGAUGUUUCCUGGUCAACAGCCGCCUGGUUCGCAUCCUGUCGGGGGCCCUGGUGGACCGGGUCAGCCUGGCUUUCCUGGUACCGCUCCUCGGCCCCAGGGAAGCAACACUUUGGUGGAUGAACUAGAAUCUUCUUUCGAGGCUUGUUUUUCUUCAUUGGUAAGUCAAGAUUAUGUCAACGGAACGGAUCAGGAGGAGAUUCGAACCGGUGUGGACCAGUGCAUACAGAAGUUCCUGGACGUGGCUCGACAGACAGAGUGUUUCUUCUUGCAGAAGAGACUUCAGCUCUCUGUGCAGAAACCGGAGCAAGUGGUCAAAGAGGAUGUGUCAGAGUUGCGCAAUGAGCUUCAGAGGAAAGAAAUUCUGGUUCAGAAACAUUUGGCCAAGCUCCACCACUGGCAACAAGUACUUGAGGAUUUGAGCGGUCAGCAUCGUAAACCCACGGAUCUUCCUCCUCCCGGACCACUGACCUUUCUGGAACAGGCCUCAGCUAGUCUGCCACACGCUCCUUUAAAACCCAACUAACAGUCGGUUUGGUUCAAAUGACU